UUAUUUUUUGCUGUCAUGCAAACAUCUGUUGACCUCAAGUUCAUUUCCUAUUUGUUGUUGUAGAACGCACAUGUAAAAUUACUAAAAUUUUAUAAAAUGGGUAAAAAGAAAGGUUCCGCAAGUGGCUUAGGCCGCCAACUUAUAAAGGACCGCUUCGGUGGCCCUAAACAACGUAAAUUUGUUGCUGAUAAUUCAAUGUUGCACACGACCGAAAUCCAAGACGGAUACGAUUGGGGCAGGUUGAAUCUACAAUCAGUGACGGAAGAAAGUUCUUUUCAAGAAUUCCUCUCAACUGCUGAACUUGCUGGCACAGAAUUCCAAGCAGAAAAGCUAAAUAUCAAGUUUGUCAACCCUAGAAGCAAUGUGGGUCUUUUAUCUAAAGAUGAAAUGCAGCAGAAGGAGGAGCAACAUCUUAAACAUAAGGAUAUUGUCAAGAUUCCUAGAAGACCUGCAUGGGACUCCACUACAACCACAGAACAACUGCAAACUAAUGAAAAAGAAGCAUUUCUUGAAUGGAGGAGAUCACUUGCCAAGCUUCAAGAGGACCAGAAGUUAUUACUCACUCCAUAUGAAAAGAACCUAGAGUUUUGGAGACAAUUGUGGAGAGUUGUUGAGAGAAGUGAUGUGGUUGUACAAAUUGUUGAUGCCAGAAAUCCACUACUUUUCAGAUGUGAAGAUCUGGAAAAAUAUGUCAAAGAAGUCGGCAAGGACAAAGAGAAUAUGAUUUUAUUGAACAAGGCUGAUUUUAUGACAGAUGAACAGAGACAAGUGUGGGCAGACUACUUUUCUGACCAGGGAGUGAGAGUGGCUUUCUUUUCAGCAAGAUUAGCAAGUGAAAAGAUUGAUGAAGAGGAGGAGGAAGAAGAAGAAGAUAUAAAACAAGAUAAUACUUCAUCAGAAGAUGAAGAAGAUGCAGGCAAAGAUGAAGACCUUAAGACUGCAGUGCAUCAACUUGCUGAUAACAUAACAGAAACUCUUGAAAUGCUUAAAACUUCCAUUUUAAAAGAAGAUACAGAUACAGAUACAGAGGAUGAAGAAGAUGCAGAGAAAGAUGUCAAUGUUGAUGAACUUAAGACUGCAGUUCAACAACUUGAAGACAGAGUUGAAAAAACUGCUGAUAAACUAACAGAAACCCUGGAACAAGUUCAAUCGGUCGUUUCAACACAGGCAGCAGAUACACAUAUUCCAGAUCAUGAAAACAAGUCAAUUAAUUCAAAUAAAUUACUCACUAGAGAGGAGUUAAUUGAAUUAUUCAGAAAUUUUCAUCACGGUCCCAAAGUAACUGAAGGAAUCACAACAAUCGGGUUGGUCGGUUAUCCAAAUGUGGGUAAGAGUUCGACAAUAAAUGCGUUGAUGACGGUGAAAAUUUCCGUUUCCGCGACUCCUGGCAAAACAAAACACUUUCAAACCUUGUUUCUGGAUAAGGAUAUUAUGCUAUGUGAUUGCCCUGGUUUAGUGAUGCCUAGUUUUGUAUUCACCAAGGCAGAGAUGGUAAUAAACGGCAUAUUACCGAUUGAUCAGAUGAAAGAUCAUGUUCCUCCGGUGAAUUUGGUCUCUAGUUUGAUUCCUAGACAUGUUAUCGAGUAUCUUUAUGGAAUUAUGUUGCCUCUGCCCAUGGAAGGUGAAGAUCCUGAUAGGCCGCCGACAUCGGAAGAGCUUUUAAAUGCUUAUGGAUAUAAUCGUGGGUUUAUGACUGCUAACGGUCAACCUGAUAAUCCACGAAGUGCUCGAUUUAUUCUCAAGGACUACAUCAACGGGAAAUUAUUGUAUGUGCAUGCGCCAGUUGGUGUAAAACAAGAAGAGUUUCACACCUUUCAAGAGCAAAGAAAAGUCGUAUCCGAACGACAUGUUCAACCGGCAAGAGAAGUCCGUGCAAGCAAACCAAAUAGAUUAACAACUGAAGAUUUGGAUAAAAUGUUCUUUAAAACUCAGCAUCAAGGAGUGCACGCUAAGGGUGAGCGUGGAAAAGCAACAGGUCUGCCUGGAAUGCUAGGCGGAGCUGCCGCGGGCACAAGCAUGGAAAAACCGUGGAAAAAACUGCAUAAACACGAGAAUAAAAAGAAAAAGGAGAAACUGCGUCGUGUGUAUCGCGAGUUAGAUGAGCAUUAAUCAAACUUUAAAAAAAAAUUACAAGGAAUAUUACAGAUCACCUGCGAUGUAAUUUCGCUUGUAAUAUUAUUACAUAUUAAUAACCGUUUAUAUUAUGUAAAAUACAUUCGAUUUCGCACGUUAAUUGUUACAAUCUCGACGAGUUUAAAUAAUUUUCACAUUUUGGUUCUUUUUGAAAUAAGUCAGCAACAUGGGACAUGUUGUAAGUAAUUAAUAAUUAAAUUAUGAUCAAAAGAGGCAAAAUUACUAGCUUUCUAGGCCACACAGGGAGGGACACGUGAAAUAUACCAUUCAGAUCAUUUCGUUUUCAAUCAAUAGUGAUUAUCAUCAUAAUUUUAAAUCAUUGUAAGCAAAGCCAUGAUAUCGCGCAAUUAAUUUUUGUAUAAAUUUACAAAACCGCUGUGAAAUAUUGUUAAUACUUGAUGUAUGUGGCCUAGCUACAUCCGAUUACAUUCGCGUCAGUUAAAAACUAUGCUGUGUAAGAUGGGCCUUUUGCAUUUUUCUUCAAAAUCAUGCAGGACUUCAUCAAUGUCAUUGUCUAGAUCUUCACUUUUCCUUAGCUGAAAAUAUUUUAAGAAAAACAUAAUUAGUUCUGAGUAA